CUCACAGCAAACAGCACAGCAGGACCUGAAGCCAAACAAGGAGUCUCAGAGGUAUGAUUCAGACCCUGAAAAGUGUGAGACACUUGGCAACAAGAGCUAUGAACCAUAGAGUGUCAGAGUUUCAUGUGCCUGUUCCAUGGGGAGAGAUAAGGGGCAGGAUUUGGGGUCCAGAUAAUGGGCGUCCAGUGCUGUGUAUUCAUGGCUGGUCAGACAACAGUGGCUCUUUCAACAACCUGAUUUCACUGCUGCCCAGCGAUUGGAGAUGUCUGGCCAUAGAUUUGCCUGGUCAUGGCUUCUCCUCUCAUAGACCUGCAGGUGUUUUCUAUGGCUUUCCUUACUAUGUUGCAGACAUGAGACGAGUCCUAGAAGCUGUUCAGUGGAAGUGCUUCUCCGCAAUAGGACACAGUAUGGGUGGAAGCAUAGCUGCAAUGUUCAGUGCAUUGUAUCCAGAGAUGGUGGAGGCUAUAGUGCUCCUGGACUCUUUUGGGCUUCUUCCAGCACACAAGAAAGAGAUCAACAACAUCAUAAGGAAAGGAAUGGAUGAAAUGAUUGAAUAUGAAAAAAAGAUGGGUGGCAGGAAAGAAAAGAUCUACACAUUUGAGGCAGCCGAAGAAAGGCUAAAGGCAACAAAUCCAUUUCUUUCAGAUCAGUCUGCUCAGACCUUGCUGGAACGAGGAGUUAAGCAGGUGGACGGAGGAGUGGUGUUCAGCAGGGACAUCAGAAUCAAUUUAACUAACAUUGCAAGAAUGGACUUGGAACAGUGUCUAGACUUGCAGGCGCAGAUAAAAGCUAAACUGCUUUUAAUCCAAGCAAAUCAGGGCUUGAUAAAGAUCUUUCCCCAACCUGAGGACUUAUUUGAACCCAUACAGAAGGGCUGGAAAGACAAAAGCACUAUUGUGACGGUUGAAGGAAACCAUCACAUCCACUUAAACGACCCAGCAGUUGUGGCACCGAUCAUCACUGACUUCCUGCAGUCUGUGACGGCUGAGGACGCUGCCAAUCAAGCUGCCAAAUAAUGAAACCUCCUCCACACAUACAGUGCUGUGAAAAAGUGUUUGCCCCUUCCUGAUUUCUUAUUCUUUUGCAUGUUUGUCCCACUUAGAUCACUUUGAUCAGCAACUGACCCCCCCCCCCCCACCAUUCAGGGUAAACUAUAUUCUGUGUCUGUGUUGGAGUCAGUGCUUCCCCUGUAUAGCUAAGCGUGUUAAAAUGUGUUAUACACUACGUACACUAUGCCUUAGUCUGAUUCUGUAGUACAAGGGUGCUAUCAAUUGAAAAUACAUAUACACUAAGUA